UCACACGCCAGCCUCCCUCUGUCUCGCGCUCUCCCCCCCUCCCCUCCCCUCCCAAUCUCCCUCAGCGCCGCGCGGCGGGACUCUCUCAGGAGGCGCGCGGAGCCACCAUCGCUUUCGAAGGAGAAGGAGGAAGAGAUGCUGAUGGAGGAGGAGAUGCAGGCGGGGGCGGCGGAGGAGGGGGGCCCCAUCGUGGCCAAGAUCUACAAGCAGCAGCGCAGCCCCUACAGCGUCCUCAAGACCUUCCCCAGCAGCCGGCGGCCGGCCCUGGGCAGGCGCUACGAGCGACCCACCCUGGUGGAGAUCCCGCAGGUCAGGGCGCAGCAGCAGCACCAUGCCUCCUUCCAGCCCCUGCCGCCCGUCGCCUCCUCCUCCGCGUCGUCCCUCAGCGAGCACCAGCUCCCUUACCACGCGCACGGCGCCUUCCCCGGAGGAGGCCGGGGCUCGCGGACGCAGCUGAGGCACCAGGCGGCUCCCGCGCCCUCCUCCUCCUCCUCGGCCAGGUUCAGCCACGGCCACCAGGGGGCGGCAAGUAGCAGCAGCAGCAGUGGCGGCAGCAGCACUGAGGGAGGCGGCAGCCUGGAGCUCAGCGCAGAGAGCCGUAUGAUUCUGGAUGCCUUUGCCCAGCAGUGCAGUCGAGUUCUUAGUCUUUUAAACUGUGGUGGAAAACUUCUGGACAACAAUCGCUCUCAAGCACUGGCGUCCUGUGUAAAACAAGAGAGCAUGAGCUUUAAUGAAAGACCAGAGCAGUGCCAGCUUGGGAAAAUGGUCCAUAGUCAGACAUCAGACAACUUAGAUCUAGAUUUGCAGUACAUGCACAAGAAGCAGCAAACCUCUGCUUUUCUGCGAGUAUUUACUGACUCUCUUCAAAACUACUUGCUUUCUGGAAGUUUUCCAUCUCAGAACACUUCCUCCAUGAGUGAUUUUGGACAUUUGGGAGAUGUGGAUCCACUUUCAACCUCUCCAGUGCACACUUUAGGUGGAUGGACAUCCCCAGCGACAUCUGAAUCUCAUGGUCACCCAUCAUCAUCUACACUUCCUGAGGAGGAAGAGGAGGAAGAGGAAGGUUACUGUCCACGAUGUCAGGAGCUGGAGCAGGAGGUAAUUUCAUUGCAACAAGAAAACGAAGAACUCCGACGAAAAAUGGAGAGCAUUCCAGUGCCCUGCCAGACUGUUUUAGAUUACUUGAAGAUGGUGCUUCAACAUCAUAACCAGCUCAUGAUUCCACAGCCAGUGGAGCAGCCUGCAGAGGUAGUGUGGAUGAUGAGGAGAAGGAGGAUGAUGAGAAGUGCCUUUCGAUUGGAUGCUUCAGGGAGCAAACAGUUGCUGACCAACUACCCCGUCUACAUCACUAGCAAACAAUGGGACGAGGCUGUAAACUCCUCAAAGAAAGAUGGGCGCCGGCUCCUUCGGUACCUCAUCAGAUUUGUCUUCACCACUGAUGAGCUUAAGUACUCGUGCGGCCUUGGAAAAAGGAAAAGGUCAGUGCAGUCAGGAGACACUGGUCCUGAAAGACGUCCUCUGGAUCCAGUGAAAGUAACAUGUCUCAGAGAAUUCAUUAGGAUGCACUGCACUUCCAAUCCUGACUGGUGGAUGCCUUCUGAAGAACAGAUAAACAAAGUGUUCAGUGAUGCUGUGGGACAUGCUCGGCAAGGUCGUGCUGUGGGGACAUUCCUCCAUAACGGUAACUCAUAUUAUGAAGGGAUUGACCAGCACGGUUCCCAAGACGACCUCUUCAAUAGAGGCAUUCAUGAUGGAUCUGGAGACUGAUGGCAGAAGUCAGUGUCAGCCUCUGAAGCAAAGUGUUGGUUUGUGUGUUCAGUGUAAUGUUUUAAUGUGACUUGAGGAUCCAAAGCAUGUUCGGACUUUUGUUUAAUCCAAGGCCUUCCUGUGAAAUUUCAUAAGAUCUAAAACUUCACAUGAGGAAGUUGGCCAGUUUCUGGGCAAUAGAACUUCAAACACUAGAUGUGGGAUUCAACCUCUUUCCAGAAAAGAAAAUAUAUCCUUUUAAAAUUAGGCUGGGUCCCAUCUUUCUUGCACAUUGCUUUCCUGAGUGAAGGAUUUGUAUCCUGCCUUAUUUCUAUCUUAUUUAAGUAUAUACAUCAUUAUCUGAGCUUCCACCAGUUAAUUGAAAGGAAUACUUCUAGAUACAGGUUUGCUGACACACCUGCUCUUUUGGAGAACUAAGCUUAAAUUUGAAAACCAAUCUCACAUAUUU